AUGUGUUCUGAAAUAUCUUCACCUCGUUUCUAUUUCUCCAAUGAUGUUUCGACAAUGAAAAAUAGUAGAGAAACAUUGCUUCUUGAAUCAAAUUCUGAUUUUGAAUUCAUUACUAGCACAAGUAUUGAAUUUGAAACAUCUUCAGCUGAUGAACUUUUCUCUAAUGGAGUCAUACUUCCAUUGCAGAUACAAGACAACAAGAAAAACAUCACUACAUCUUAUAAGGAACAAUCUCCACCAUAUACGAAUCUUCGUCCGCCUCGACCAUUUUCGACUAAAACAAAGAAAGAAAACAUCAUAAGAGAAGUUCAAGAAACAAAUAGUACUGAAACAAGUUCUUUUUGGGGAUCCAAAAGAAGUAGAAGUCUCAACUGUGAAACAAAUAAAAUUUUUGUAAGUUCUUCGACUCCUUUGCCGCGAAGCCAUUCGACCGGUUCAGCUCCGAAUUUAAAGAGAACGAGUUCGAAUAGACAACAAUCGUCAUAUUCUACGUUAAAUAAUUUGUAUCCUAUGCAAAAGUCUUCUUCAGGUAAAAGUUAUGGAAAUGGUUUUAGGAUUAGUCCUGUUUUAAAUGUACCUACUAAUUGUUUUUCUAAAGGAGGUUUGAGUUUCUUUGGGUUUGGUUCAUUUUUGCGUGUUGGAAAGGCUAAGAAGAAGAUGAAUAAUUGA